AUGGCCAAACACGUAACCUUCAAUGACAUUGUCCAAGCUCGGAAAACCAUUUCUCGCCAAGACUAUUCCGAGUUGGAAGCUCAUCAUUCGUGGCUUUCUCCUGAUGAAAUGGAAAAGAUGACCGAGCGUUGUUUCCAGACGGCUGCUCGUAUGGAAUCGGGCAAGGAAUCGAAACGAGAAUCUACGUACCGAGGAUUGGAAUGUUUGUCUGACAAGGGAAAGGAUAAAUUGGACGCCGUCAUCAAUUCCUGCACUGACGCCGUGUUGGACGAACAAGAUCGUCAAUUCUAUUUGUUUGAAAAGAUCCAAGACAGUGAAAUGAUUGCCUUGGCUUCUAUGGACUGUUCAGAAGAAUGUAGUAAAAAAGCCUUGAGGCGGGGUCAAUCCGAUGCUCGAGAAGCCAAACGAUGCUACCGUCGCAUGAGAGACAUGGAAACCUCGAGGACUGGCAAACACAACAACAAUAAUGGUUCCGCUUCCUCUUUUUCGGUUAGUGAUGAACACUCCGCAGGAGCGAUUCCCAUUCUAAAGACUGGCAAUGCAAAGGGCGACAUUCGUGAGUCCGCCUUGCCACAAUUCCAGGAAGUCAUGUGCUGA